AUGCUCACCAAAUGGGCCAUCGAGAAGCUCCAGCACCUGAUGUUCGACUACGUCAAGAUCAAGUGUGGCGACGGCGACUGCUACGGCUGGCUCGCGGUCCACCGCAUCAACUUCGCUCUGGGCAUGUUCCACCUCAUCCUCGCCGCGCUCCUGGUUGGCGUUCAUUCCUCCAAGAACCCGCGUGCUGCCAUCCAGAAUGGCUACUGGGGCCCGAAAAUUAUCGCCUGGCUGGGCCUCAUCGUCCUGACCUUCUUCAUCCCGGACACCUUUUUCCAAUUCUGGGGCAACUACAUCGCCUUGCUAGCUGCUAUGCUAUUUCUUAUGCUCGGUCUGAUCCUGCUGAUCGAUUUAGCCCACAACUGGGCCGAGUACUGCCUCGUUAAGAUCGAGAACACAGACUCCAGGACGUGGCGCGCCAUUCUCAUCGGCUCUACGCUGGGCAUGUACCUGACCUCGUUGGCCAUGACUAUCGUCCAAUACAUUUUCUUUGCAUCGAAAGGCUGCUCCAUGAACCAGGCUGCCAUCACCAUUAACCUGCUUCUUUGGAUUGCCAUCUCCAUUAUCUCCGUUCACCCCACCGUCCAGGAGCACAACCCAAAGGCUGGCCUGGCCCAGGCUGCCAUGGUCGCCAUUUACUGUACCUACUUGACUAUGUCUGCUGUUUCCAUGGAGCCUGACGAGACGCCUGAUCACCGUUGCAACCCGCUCGGCCUCGGCCAGGGCACUCGAACCACUACCGUCGUCCUCGGAGCCAUUGGCACCAUGCUGACUGUCGCCUACACUACCACUCGCGCCGCCACCCAGAGCCUUGGUUUAGGUGGCAGUUCGCGCGGCGCCAUUCGCCUUCCCGACGACGAUGACGACUUCGAUGUUUAUAACCAUGGCCUUGUCACCACGCAGCCGUCCUCCCGCAGGCAGAUGCGUGCCGAGGCUUUGCGUCGUGCCGUCGAGGAGGGCAGUCUGCCCGCUGAUGCUCUGCUCUCUGAGGAAGAGUCCGACGACAGCGGCAGCGCCACGUCCAACCGCAACGAUGACGAGCGAUCCAGCACUCAGUAUAGCUAUGCCAUGUUCCACGUCAUCUUCUUCUUGGCCACUGCGUGGGUCGCUACCCUGCUGACCAUGGACUGGGAUAACGACAAACAUAGCCAAGACGAUUUUGCAACCGUCGGUCGCACGCUUUGGGCAAGCUGGGUCAAGAUUGUCAGUUCCUGGGUGUGCUAUGCUCUGUAUAUUUGGUCGCUAAUCGCGCCGGUCUUAAUGCCGGAUCGCUUUGGGUAUGACUAA